AUGGUGACGACGAAAAGGGGACGAGGGCGGCCGAAAUCCACGGUGCCACCGUCACUGGAAACUCUCACUAGCUUGAAGACGUCUGAGCCUGAAUCAACCACUGUUAGUGUUCAGACACCUGGGAUUGAAUCAAGAACCACCGCCGGAGAAGACAAAGAUAUGACAAACACACUGGCGAAAGAGAACAAGAAAACCCUAACAGAACCGACACAAACACAACCUGAAGAGCGUAAACCAUGGGUUGAUGUUAUUAAUGACAACCGGAACCCUGCAAAAGGAAUGGCAAUAGAGUACGUUGCGCCAAAGAUCGUCAAUGGAGUGAUUGAAAUUGAUAUUGAACAAGAAGAUAUCGAAACGGAAAUACAAUUUUGGGAUAAUGCUCUAAUCCUUUAUGUUGUUGGGGACGACCUGAGUAUGAACACGGUGAAGAACUUUAUGCAAAGAAUGUGGAAUUUCGUGAAAAUGCCAGAUUUGUAUUACCACGAUGACGGCUAUUUUCUGCUCAGAUUUAACUCCCAAGAAGACAAGGAAGCAGUCAUGAUGAAAGGCCCAUACACGAUUCGAAACAUGCCCAUGAUAUUGAAGGAAUGGCAAACUGGUUUCAACUUAAAGAAGGAUCUGCUAAGAACUUUACCAAUUUGGGUCAAACUCCCCCAACUUCCCCUGCAUCUAUGGGGGGGCAAAAAGUCUCAGCAAAAUUGGAAGUGUUAUUGGCAAACCGUUGGUGACUGA